GGGAAGCUCUGAAAAAGGUAAACAAAGCUCGUAGAGUAUUGUAGAGUAUGUGUUUUAUUAUUCUAAAUUUUGAAACUGUUUGUUAUCUCUGCCAAGAAAAAAUAGUCCUUCGGUGAAGCUGUCAGCCAACACGUGCCCAUGUCCAGGAAGCAGUCGGGAAAGCCGGUUCGUGGAAACCGCAAGUGUGACCUGGAGAGGAAGCGUGAUGAACGAGCAGCACGCAGGGCGCUGGCCAAAGACCGGAAGAACCGUCCGCCGGAGGAGGAAGCAAAUGAGUUCUUCAGUUUCACCAAUCAGCUGCAGGCACUUGGACUCAAACUUAGGGAGGUCCCAGGAGAUGGGAACUGUUUGUUUCGUGCCCUGGCGGACCAGCUUGAGGGUCACUCCCGGGGCCACCUGCGGCUGCGGCAGGAGACUGUGCAGCACAUGCAGGCUCACCGGCAGGACUUCGAGCCCUUUGUGGAGGACGACGUGCCCUUCACGCAGCACUUGCACAAUCUGUCCCAGCCUGGGACGUUCGCAGGAAAUGAUGCCAUCGUGGCCUUCGCCCGGAGCCACCAGCUGCGUGUGCUCAUACAUCAGCUGAACACCCCCCUCUGGGAGAUAAAUGGCUCUGAUAAGCCCAUGUGCAGAGAGCUCCACAUUGCUUAUCGCUAUGGAGACCAUUAUGACAGUGUUCGUCGUAUAGGAGACAAUUCCGAGAGCCCAGCCCACUUGUACAUUGAGAAUCUGAAUCGGUGCAGGGGGCAGAGUGAAACGGGGCACUCGGGCAGUGGACCGAGAGGCCAACACAAUGCCCCUUCGCUCCCGCCCCCGGAGGAUGAGGAGGAUCUCAUUCUGAGCUGCCUUAACAUGCACGGUUGCAGUCCCCCGCUGAACUGCCCUGCUGAGUGGUUAGAGUCAGACACAGCAUGUCCUGCUCUGUGGCAAGAGACAGCAGCCGAACAGGUCCCAGCCACGGCUGCUGAGCAGGGAGACGACACAAGCGUCAGGAACGCACCACAGAAACCCAAGAUAUCAAAUAAGCAAAGGAAGGAGCAGCAGCGUUUGGAGAAGAAGAAGAGGCAGGAAGAUCGGCACCGGCAGAAGGUCCUACAGAGCAGGUCACCCCAGGACCAGAACCUUAACUCUGCAGAGCCAGUUACCCUAGUACCAGCUUUAAACACGUUGAGCAUCUAGAACCAGUCUGGGUGAAAAACUGAUUUGUCGGCCUCUGAGCUGGGACUUAUUUUGAAGACUGUGAUUUCACAAACUGUUUUUCCCCAAAACACCGAGUCUCUGUCUUUGGUUGUGAGUGUGCAGUAUAUAUUAUCUUCAGCUUUGGGAGUGUGCUGUUUAAUACCACCAGUUUUUCCUCUCCAAGACCAAAGAUAAAACCAAUUUAAUGUGAUAUAAACAACUCUCUGUACAACUCUUCAUUUGAUCUGACAGCAUGCUUUUCAGAAGUAUGUGCUAUUCUGGGUUAAAUUGUAUUAAAUUGGAUUGUUAGUAUUCCUUACAGAGAAAACACACUGUGUGUGUACAUAUAUAUAUCAUUUUGGAAUAAAAUAAAAUGUCAGUCAUUUUCACA